GGGAGGGAAGGGCGACCGCGGUGGCGGGAACUUAGAGGAAGUCUCUCCUGAGCCAGGAGACUUCCUCUAGGCCUCCGCCGCCGGUCCCGUGCCCUUCUGUAGCUAACUGACCCGUUAGUUGGAGCUGUGCUCCAUGCCGGUCUCCAGGUCGCUGGCUGGAUCUUUGCAGUCAGCCUGGCCUCAUCUGAGGUACAGCCCUGGACCCCUCGGUGGCAACUGCUGUGGCGGGUGGCAGUGCCCGACACAGGGGCUCAGUGUAAGGUGUUAUGCUUUUCCUUCCAGUUGUGCACAGCUGUACGUGACGUGCUCCUGACACUCUGGAUUUAUGUUAAAGUUAAUCCCGGACAGUCGGGAUGAGAAGAAUUAUAGAUAGUCCAAUGCAAAAUUCUCAGCUCCCUUUUUCCAUCUAAAUGCAAGUUAGACUACAGGAUAAAUUCGGGAUGAACAGUGCUAUCUUGCACGUUUAAAAAUAAGAUUAAACACAGCCUUUGUAUACUUGAUGAAAAGUCAUUGCUUUAGCUUUCCUAUGUUGCUAGUACAUCUGUUUACUGUGCUGUUUUCUCUUCAGCCAGUCCUGUGCAACACUGAUCUUAAAAUUAAAUUCACAAACUCCAGACCUUUCUUUCUUAAAGUUGUUGUUCUGUAUCAAGAUACUUAAACAACAUUAGGUUCACUAUUAAAUUUAUAAUUUAAAGCUUCUAAAAAGUCCAGUUUUAGUACUAAAUACUACUGGUUUAGAAUGAGCUUAAUACUGUUCUCCUAGAAUAAUGGUGUAGGGUAGUGUGAUAAUCUUAAGCAGUUUAGCCUAAAGUCCUCAAUUCUUGUAAGUAGUAACUCCUCCUCAGAUGCAGACAAGAAAGCUCCUUAAUUGUCCUGGAUGAGUACUCAGCAGUACUGUCAACAGCUAAUACUACAUGCUUAAAAGAUUUGGAAUGGAAAAUAAUUUAUGUGGGUUCAGCUGAAAGUGAAGAGUAUGAUCAGGUGUUAGACUCUGUUUUAGUCGGACCUGUUCCUGCAGGCAGACACAUGUUUGUAUUUCAGGCUGAUGCACCUAACCCAGGGCUUAUUCCAGAUGCAGAUGCAGUAGGUGUAACAGUUGUGCUAAUUACAUGCACUUACCGAGGUCAAGAAUUUAUUAGAGUUGGCUACUAUGUAAACAAUGAAUAUACUGAAACAGAACUGAGAGAGAAUCCACCAGUAAAGCCAGACUUUUCUAAGCUUCAAAGGAAUAUUUUGGCAUCUAAUCCCAGAGUCACAAGAUUCCACAUUAACUGGGAGGACAACACUGAAAAACUGGAAGAUGCAGAGAGCAGUAACCCAAAUCUACAGUCUCUGCUUUCCACAGAUGCGUUACCUUCAGCAUCAAAGGGAUGGUCAACAUCAGAAAAUUCACUAAAUGUUAUGUUAGAAUCUCAUAUGGACUGCAUGUGACUAACCACCAUCGUUUUGGUACUGUAUAUGUGUUAAACUGUAAAAACAACCAGAACUAUUUCCCUCAAAUUCCAUAAGUACAUAGUUUGAUGAGCAAUGUGAAGAACUUGUUUUAAAACAUCCUGUAGAAAGUUUAUAAAAAAAACCAAAAAAACCAACAAACAAACAGUAUUUGAGCAAAUUGUGGAAUAUAAAUACAACUAUUUUUAAGUAAUUGCCUUUUUUUCUAAUGUGUUAUUCUAUGUGGUCUGAACCAAACCUGAUUAAAGUAUAUGUAUUCUCCCCCCUCCCCCUUUACUUUGUAAGCACUAUUAAAAGCUAAAAAAAAAAAGUUUAAAGGUUAAAACAUUCAGGCAGAAUGAAGGAAUAAUGCCAUGUCCUUGUCUCUGAUACCCAGAUUGCCAAAUAUAAACUGCCCUUUAAUAGCAGCUUAAGAACAAAACUGUCAUUAGAUGAAGUGCAAAGAAAAAAGUAUCUCUGAUUAAAAAAAAAAAAAAAAAGACCAAAAAUGUCCUUUUGCUCUAAAAGCAGACAGCACAGUAUAAUUUUAGGUGCAAGAUUCUUUUUUUUUUUUUUCAAGGCACAUACUUGUUACUUAAAGCAUGCAAUUUGAGAUUUACCAUCUGCUAUUUUGGAUUUUAGGACUUUUUUUUUUUUUUUAAAUCUCCUCCUGCUGCUCUUUAGUCAAACAGUGGUUUGUUCAGGACAGUAUUUUGUGGGGAUUUGAGUGGGUAUCUCAGGAAAGAACCCUUUUUCAGCCACCCUAAUAGCAAUUGGUUGGAAGGAUGCAAGCAAUUACUAAAAAGUUCUAAGUGUGAAAAGCAAUGGUGUGAGUAUCCCAAAAAUGGUCUUCUGUAAGAUUAUUAUGUACCACUGCUGGUUGGUAUGGUUAUUUUCAGGUAUGCUUUGUUCUUGUAGUCUUUUUCACUAGUAAUAAGGAGUUUAGAUGUUGUCUUUCAUUUUUUUUGAAACGCCUGGAAUUGAAAACUUCUGUUUUCUCUCUACUGUUUAAGGCAACCCUAUGCACUGGUAUAAAUCAAGAUUCAAAUCCUGUUGUGGCAGGCAGAAUACAUUACUUGCCCUGAAGCUCUUGCACUGAGAUGUCCCUAUUACCUGAGGCAUCCUUGAAGACAGAUACAAAGAACUAAGCAGUAAACUGCAAAGACUUAAGACAUCAUUAUGACACUAACAAUUUAGUUAUUCUUCCAGUCCUCAUUAGCUUUAUACAUAUACUCUUGACAGUAUGUGCAUUUACAUUUUAAUCUGUCAUGCCAGAUUACAGGAAUAUAAUUCUGCUAGUUACAAGUAACCGCCCAAACUGUGAACCCUUGUAGGUUCCAGGCCCUUCAAAAAAAGGUAGAUUUCAUGAUGACUGACAGUAGAGCUCUGAAUAAAAAUAGAAUGCUUUCUCUUCUC